ACAACCACUUUAUACGUGUAACCGUUAGACAUUAGCGAGUUUAAACACUACAGACGACUAAGAUUUGAUGAUGGCGGAAACCUUAGCUACUAUUCCACCGAUGAUUAUUGUGGGAAGUAUUAUUACCAGUGUAUCAUUCAUUCUGCAUAUAAUAGGAUUUUCAACUACAUAUUGGUAUACAAUUGGAGAUUUAGUUCAUAUGGGAUUAUGGAAAUCAUGUUUUCAAUCCAGUGGAGUAGAAGUUUGUAAAUAUUUUACAGAUGCACCAGUACGUGACGCUCAAUUUACAGCUGCCGGAGUUCUGGAAAUCUUUGCACUGGUAGCCUUUGUCGCAGCUUUAGUAUGUGCUUUAUAUGAGAUGUUUGUACUCACUGAAAAGGGAAUUAUGUUUGUUGUUAUAGGCUUACUCAACCUCAUGGCAGGAGGACAUGCCUUGAUCGGAACAAUAGUCUUCGCAGCAAUUUCUUCUGGUGGCAUUAUGUUGGAUCCGUCCAACUUUCACUAUUCAUUUGGGCUAUGUAUUGUAGGUGGAAUUGGAGGAAUUUUUUCAGGCAUUGUUUUCAUCCUAGCAUGGCGGUGGGUGAGAAACUAAAAGAAGUGGCUGGAUCGAAAAGCUUAUUGUAUAAAAGUUAUUUCUAUGAUAUAUACGAAAGAAACUACAUUUCGCUUCUCCAUAGCAAUAUUAAUGUAUUCGAAGGAUUUAAACGAUGCAAGGUACUCAAUGCUAGAUAAUGUCAUAUCAUUAUAUUCAAGGCGAGAUAAUGUCAUAUCAUUCUAUGCAAGACGACAUAAUGUCAUAUCAUUCUAUGCAAGGCGAGAUAAUGUCAUAUCAUUCUAUGCAAGGCGAGAUAAUGCCGUAUCAUUGUUUGCAAGGCGAGAUAAUGUCAUAUCAUUCUAUGCAAGGCGAGAUAAUGUCAUAUCAUUGUAUGUAAGGCGAAAUAAUGUCAUAUCAUUCUAUGCAAGUCGAGAUAAUACAAUAUCAUUGUAUGCAAGGCGAGAUAAUGCCAUUUCAUUGUACACAAGGCGAGAUAAUGUCAUAUCAUUCUAUGCAAGUCGAGAUAAUGCCAUAUCAUCGUAUGCAUGGCGAGAUAAUGCCAUAUCAUUCUACGCAAGGCGAGGUAAUG